AUGAGCAAAUCUCUACUAGAAAUAAUCCCGGUUUUAGCAGAUGCUACUAUCAGUAGUUCAGAAAUGCAAAGAAAAUUAGCAUUGUUUAUCGAAUUACUAGAUUGGAACGAAUUUUGCAAAUAUAUCAACAAAAAUUUAGAUCAUUUUCAGCAUUUUCUUGCAUUAGUUCACGACCUGCUUCUUACAAUUGGACAAGAAAUCAUAUCAAUUCCAAAGCUUUCAAAUCAAGAUAAAAUUCUCGAUUUUUUAAUAAAAAUUUCGCAAAUAAGUCCAGAAAUGCAAAAUUUUCUUGCAACAAACAUACAAUUUGAAUCGAUUUUACAUAGAAUUUUUAAUAAUAUCGAUUAUACUGAAUAUUCACAGGUCGAUGCAACGCAAUUACUUCCAUUUGUUAAAUUCAUUUACGCUAUUGUUUCAUCUCCUUCAUUACUAGUUACUCAACAAGAAUCGUGUAAAUACUUAUUUGAUCAUGUGAAAUUUAUUUUCAACUUUUCGAAUUUAUCUGCUUGGGGCUGUGCAAUUAUUGCACAAUGCUUAAAUUACCAUGCAUUUUCAAUAGGUGUAAUGAAAACUAGAACGGAUUACUCUGAAUUCUUUUUUAGAAUUGAAAAGUAUACAAAUUCUCAAGAUAUUUAUCUUCAGUUGUCUUCGAUUGCAGCCUAUGUUAAAUUAUCUCAAAAUAGGCAACUUGCCUCUAUUUUUGUUCACUUUGCAAUUGGAAUGUUGCAAAAUGAAUCAUUAUAUCUUCCAACAACUUCUUUGGCUUCAAAAGUUAUACUUGAAUUAUGUGAAUCCUAUGAAAUUGAUGAUAAUAAUCUUAAACUUAUUUUAUCUAGCGUUUUGAAAAAUGAUGGAUUCAAUUCUUAUAAUAUCAUUGAAUUAUUGACUGAAAUGAAAACAUACCAUUCAAGAAUUGCAUUUAUAGUAGAAAAAUCAGAAUACAUUACAGAAUUACUCAACAAGAUGAAAGACACUCAAUAUGAUUUUAUUGCUGUAGGAAUUAGACAUUUCUUACAGCUCUUGUCAUUAAAUAAGCCAGAAUUUUAUUCAGAUAUUAAUAAAUCUCAUAUAUUUGCGGAUUCAUUGCAAAUGCUCAUUAAUAAUUUUCAGACAUUAUCAGAAAUGAAGAUUGAAUCAUUAGUUUUUAUUAUUAUGACAUAUGUGAUGUCUAAUGGAUUAUCAGUUAAUGAGAAACUUUUAUUGAACGAGAAUUCUAAUCAAAUUUUCGUAUUAUUCAUGAAGUUAAUUGAAGAUUCACAAUUGAUAUCUUCCAUUUACUUUUGCAAUCUCAUUAUCCAAUGUAUUCGAGAAAAUCUAAAUUGGGAAUCUAGAUUCGAUCAAAUUGCUGUUCAAACGCAACUUUUACCUUUAAUUUCAACUUCUCUAACAAGAUCAUCCAACAAAAGCACACUUGAAACAACAUUAUAUGUAUUUAACUACUUUUAUACAAAGAACUCUCAUUUUAUUGAUGUAUUUUCAUCGUCACUUGCACAUUCAAACCGCGAAUUUAAUAAUCUUCAAAAAGAAAGUCGUAUUGAUCAGCAAAGUCUAAUUAACUCGCUGCAAAUCAAGCAGAAUUUUCUUGUUGAAGAAAAUGAGCAACUUAAGAAAAAGAUUGCUGAGCUCGCAGAAACUAGCAAUCAAACAGAAAUGGAAAAUAAUCGAGUUAAAGGUAAUGAAUCUAAACUUUCAAAUCAAAUCAAAAAUCUUUAUAAUGAAAUUGCAGAACUUAACAAAGAAGGUGAGUAUAAUUCAAGGAAAAUUAGUCUACUCACAUCAGAAAAUGAUCAGUUAAGAUCUUCUUUGUUAGCCAAUACAACUUUGAUUGAAAGAUUAAAUAAUGAAAAUGAUGAUUUGAAGAAAGAGAUACAAAAUUCAAAAGAUAUUUAUCUGAAUUCAAAAAGCAUUAAUUACUACUCUACUCAGAAUAAAGUUUUGAGCCAAAAUGUAUUCUCUUUGGAAUCUAAACUACAGCAAUCAAUGCAGGAUCUUAAUGAAUAUAGCCGAAAAUCAUCUGGAUACCUUCAAGAAAUCAAAGAACUAAAAGAUGAAUUAGAACAAAUCAAAGUUGAAAAUAUUCAACUGAAAACACAAAUCUUUGAACUUCAAAAUGAAAUUGAAGAUAAAGAUUCAGAAAAUCAUGGUCUUUCAAUGGAUGCACAACUUAACGAGAUUAGAUUACAAAGAGUUGAAGCCAAGGAAAACAUGAAAUCCAAAUUACUUGAUGAUGCUUUAUUGCAGAAUCGAAAAUUCAAAGCUGGAUAUUAUCUCAUGGCUCGUGAAAAGAGAAAAUGGGAACACAUAUCAAAGUUUGGUUAUUAUUGUGAAAAGAACGCCAAAGAAACAUCUGAGCAAGUUGCAGAUAUGAUUGAAAAGACUACCAUAAGAACUCUUGAAAUCAAUUAA